AAUACAAUUUCUUUUGAUCUUACAUUGUUAAAAUCUACGUUGCUCUAAUUGGGUAUCGUAGAUUUAUUACUUCUAAUUGCAAAGAGAAAAUUUUUGUAAGAGUCAUAAUCACCAGAAGCGAUCGUAGAUAGACAUUUACGAUGACUGGUGCAAUGAGCCUUCUCUGCCAGCUGUUGCUAUCAUUCCAUCCCAGACCAGAAAUAUACGUGCCAAGGAACACAAAUUGCCUAGCGUCAUCCACCAACAUUUUCCUUGAACCUCACGCUUGCUUGACAUCCACAUGUUCCGAAUCAGGUCUUUCAGAAGCUGUUGAAAAGCCAUUGGACAUAUAUCGUGUGCUGCCACUUUUCAAUGUCUCAUCAGAUUCUUACGUUUGUAUGACACCUGGAUGCGUUAAAGCAGCUGCCGAAAUCUCAGCUAAUUUAGAUGAGAAUGUGAGCCCAUGCGAUGACUUCUACCAAUUCGCCUGUGGUGGCUGGAUAGAUAGACAUUCGAUUCCUGACGAUAGUUCAUCAGUUAGCACCCAUUCUAAAAUUGUGAUCACGCUCGAUAGUAAACUCAGAUCUCUCUUAGAAAGGGAAUUGACGGGAAAGGAACCUGACUUCAUUCAGAUGCAGAAGCAACUGUAUGACACUUGCAUGGAUACUU